AUGGUAUUCAGGAAGGGUCACUGUGUAAAAAGAGUCGAAUGGUGUAAGGAUGGCCUUGACUUGGUGGAGUCAUGGCGCCGCACGGUCCAAAUUCCGCUGCAUUUCUCUGGGGCCGUGACAAGUGGUAUUAGAGCCGAAUUGCUCCUUAUGGGGGGGAGUUACUCGGCGAGUAGGCAUCAUUCCAGGAGGGAAUGGUUGUCCGAGCGGAAUCCUUCAACGAGGUUCUAUCUUCUUUGCUUCCGCAGAACCCAGCGAGUGGGUAACAAAGCUGGUGGUUACAUCUUUGUUGGCACUCGGCAGUGGGCCACGAUCAGGGACAAGACACAGUCACUUGCGGGGAUCAAGGGGCGUGCGUUUGUGGAGAAAGACAACUGGGGCACUGGAAAACAAAGAUGUCGGUGGGUGUACCGAAAGGUAGCGGGAGACACCAUGCUGUUUAAGGGAAACUACAGCCAUGUUGGGGGUUUUGAGGUCAAGGCGUGUAUCAUGUCCAGUGAAGCGCAUGGGCGCUAUGAUUGUACCUUCACAACUAGCUUGAGUGGUGGCGCACUCGGGCAAAGUUCGGGAACCUUGUGGGGACAAGGGGAUUUUGGGCAAAUGGGAAAGCCCUCGAUUCCGCAUCAAGAUGAUGGGGGUAAGCGACGUAUACUAGCAUCCGGGAGAACCCUUUGUUGGGCGAGUGCUAUGGUUGCACAAGGAAGCGACGAAAGCCUGGUCGAGCCUAGAAUAUCUGGUGUCAAAGCUAAGAGAUCUGUUCGUAGGCUGAAGUUUGAUAAGUUUCAUAUAGAAGAUCCAGUUGGGUUCUCAGGGGGUAUCUGGUUGUGUUGGGAUUCGAGUACUGUUAGUUUGGAUAUCUUAUAUUCUGAACCACAGCUCAUUCAUGCUCUAGUUAGGAGGCGCGGUGGCACGGAGUUUGUUUUGUCCAUUGUGUAUGCGAGUCCAACGUUUUUGGUUAGGCAACAAUUAUGGAGGAAAUUGGAAGCUUUUUCCUCUUCAUUAGGUCUCCCUUGGAUGCUGAUGGGGGACUUCAAUGAAGUCAGUCAUAGCAGUGAGAAGUUUGGGGGCAGAGUGGUUUCCAUGAACAGAUGUGUACUACUCAAUAACAUGAUGACGACGUGUGGCCUGAGCGACCUGGGAUUUGAGGGGCCAGCAUUCACGUGGUGUAACACGAGACAUGGGCUAGCCAGAAUUCAGGAGCGCUUGGACAGGGUUCUCGCUAACUCGUCUUGGCGGUUAUUAUUCCCAGAAGCAUCUGUCAAACAUCUGCCUCGACUACAUUCUGAUCACUGCCCUCUUUUACUACAGUGUGAGGGAAAGUUAACUGUUGAUAGAUCAAAACGUCCAUUCUGCUUUCAAGCAAUGUGGACUGCUCAUGACGAAUGCAAACAAAUAGUAGAAAGCUGUUGGGAUGCUACAGAAGGCAGUGUGGUAGAGAAGGGUGUAGGAAAGGCUUGCAAACCGGGGCUACGCUACGAAGAGGACUUGACUUGGAAUAGAAAGCAGCACAGAGCCAAAAGAAAGCCCCGUUCGUCCUUUGGCUCGACUCGCUCCUUACAUACUGUUAGCCUAACGGCUCACCUCCUCAAUUACAUCGACCCUCAGUUCGGAUUGGUUCUUCAUGCUUCACUUAUCACCCUAUCUAUACUUCGGGUGAACGCGAAAGCGCGAAAGAGAGGGGUACGAACGUCAAUUGAAUCGAGCCUUCACUUCGCUUCGAAAAGUUUGUUGAAUCUCACUUUGCUCUCCAACACCCACGGUUUGAUAGUACCUGGCCUGGUAUUGGUGCUUUCAACUGAGUUUGAUCUUUCUUCUCUCGCAGCCCUUAUAGAUAUAGAAAGCCUUCUUUAUGAUGAGUCACCCUUGCGGAAGGAAGCUAGGCUUCUGGCUUUCUUUGCGCUAGUAGGCGCCAUUGGUGCCGGUCGUCCCCAUUCUUUCUUGAUUGCUAGGCGCAGCCUGACCCGCGACUUUUGA